AUGGAUUUACAUCAAACUAGUCCUUCAACAAUUGAUAUCCAUGAUGAUAUGAAUCACUCUUCAGCUUCCAUGAUACCCAAAAAUCAAAAACACUGGAAUCUCUUAAAGUUUACAAUUUUCAACAAAAAACUACUUCACAGAAACACCCAGCAGCUCAGAAACAGAUCAGCAGUUGGUCGUUCAUCAUCUUAUAUUUCCAUUGAAGUCCCUAAUUCUGAACCUUCUGUUCAAGAGAUUACCCAUGAUCCAAAACAGCUCACUUCUAUGAUUAGGGAAAAAAACCUUGAAUAUCUCUCUGAACUUGAUGGUGUAGAGGGUAUUGCUUUGCGACUAAAAACCAACACGAAAACUGGUCUUAGUAGCAACGAUACUGAUGAUCUUUUUCAUCGAAAGACUCUGUAUGGAUGCAAUGUUUUCCAGACUCCAUCCAAAAAAAAGUUCACAAGCUUCAUCAUUGAAGCCCUCAAAGGCAUACCUAGCAUCAUACAACUGGUCUAUGCCAUUGUCUCAUUAGCAUAUGGCAUCAAGGUCCAAGGAAAGGAGCAAGGGUGGUAUGAGGGAUUUAGUAACCUCAUCUCCUACGUUGUCAGUUUUUUCAUCCAACUCAUUGUUAUGUUCAAGAACAGUCAAGUAAUGGAGAAGCACUUCAAGAAGUUUGGAGACAUACCCGUUGUCCAGGCACUUAGAGAUGGCUCUCGCCAACAGAUCUCCAUUUUUGACGUUGUUGUUGGGGAUGUCAUCUUCUUGCAAUCCGGAGAUUACAUCCUGGCUGAUGGGCUAUUUUUGGAUGGGAAAUCAUUGAAAUUACUGGACAUGGUUGAGCAAGUUGAGAGAGAAAAUCCUUUUUUAUUGUGUGGUUCAAAGGUAGUAGAUGGAUAUGGAAGGAUGUUGGUUACUUCUGUAGGAAACCUUGAUAACCCAAAUAGUAAUAUGCCAUUAUUGCAAUUACAAGUUAGCCUUAAAAAAUAUGCUUUUAAACUCUUUUUGGUAGGGCUAAUUUUUGCAUCAUUGCUUGUUCUAGAUUUGGUGAUUUGGUAUUUUACAGGAAGAACAAAAGACAAUAAUGGAAAUCGGGAAUUCAAGGGAAAGAAAACUAAAUUCAGUGAGGUGAUGGUUGCUUUUGCGAAGAUCAUAUGUGCAGCUUUUCCUAUUUUAGUGAUAGCACUUUCUGAAAGUCUCCCUUUGGCUGUAACCUUAUUUUUGUCUUGUUCAAUGAAGGAAAUGUCAAACCAAAAAAUCCUAAUCAGAAACCUUUCUAGUUGGGAUUAUAUGGGGUCACUUACUGUCAUAUGCACAGAUAAAAGUGGCAUCAUUAAACCAGGUGAAAUGAGUGUUUUUGAAUUCUGGGUUGGCACAAAGAAAGUUGAAAAGCCACCUUUCAAAGAAAAAGUGGGUGUUCUUGAGUUGCUCCAUGAGGCUGUUGGUCUGAACACAAGCUGUGGUGUCUACCAAUCAUCAUGCACUGAAAACUCUGAAAAGUUUGGGUGCUCCAUUGAAAAGGCAAUCCUGAAAUGGGGCAUAUCUGAUUUAGGGGUGAACAUGGACGAACUAAACAGGAAUUUUGAGGUUUUGAGAGUAGAUUCUUUUGACUCUGUGAAAAGACAAAGUGGGAUUUUGAUAAGGAAAAAGAUAGGUGGCGUUGAGAUACAACAUUAUAAAGGAGAAGCUGAGGUUAUAUUAGAUAAGUGUUCAACUUACUUUGAUCAGAAAGGGAAACCAGUAGCUAUGACAGAAAGAGAUCAGAAGAUUUUCAGAGGCAUUAUCGAAGACAUGAGAGAAAAAAGAAGCCUUACAUGCAUUGCUUUUGCUCAGAAAGAAAAAGAGCAGGGAGAUAAUGAAAAGGGUUUAACCUUGCUAGGGGUAAUAGGUCUGAGAAACCUUUUACAACCUAAUGUACUAGAAGCAUUAGGAUCAUGCAGGGAAGCAGGGGUUUCUGUGAAAUUAAUAACUGGAGAUAAUUAUUUAACAGCAAAAGCAAUUGCUAAAGAAUGUGGAAUCCUCAACUCAUUUGAUGACAUAUCAGAAACUGUGAUAACGGGUAUUGAGUUCAGAAACUACUCCGACGACAAAAGACUUGAGAAAGUAGACAGUAUUAAAGUAAUGGCAAGUGCAUCCCCAGAAGACAAGCUCCUGAUGAUACAGUGUCUGAAGCAGAAAGAUCAUGUAGUUGCCAUCAAUUGUGGUGGAACAAACAACACUCGGGCACUAGAUAUAGCUCAUGUAGGCUUAUUAAUGGGUACCAACAGUGCUAGUUUUAUUAUGGUAGGGAGUUACAACAUAGUGAUUGUAGACGGAAACUUUAGGUCUAUAGUAACCAUCUUGAACUGGGGGCGGUGUAUGUUUGCCAAUAUUCAACAUGUGAUUCAAGUGCAGGUCAUAAUACUAGCCGUUGGCUUCCUUUGCAGCUUCAUUGUUGCAAUUACAUCAGGAAAUGCUGUACCACUUCUGUGGGGAAACAUGAUGGUGGAUACAAUGGUUGCAUUAAGCUUGGCUACAGAAAAACCCUCUUACAAGGAAGAUCUCAUGAGGAAGACACCCAAGAAAUUUUUUGUUGGAAAGGAAAUAGGGAAAAACAUAAUUGGCCAAACCCUGUAUCAAUUAGCUGUCUUGCUAACGUUACAGUUUAUUGGGAAGUCCAUCUUGGGGGUGAAUGAUGGUGUUAGAAACACACUCAUUUUCAACUGUUUUGUGCUCUGCCAACUAUUCAACGACGUGACUGCUAGAAAGUUGAAGAAAAAUAUAUGUGCAUGUAUUCUUGAAAACAAAUUGUUUUGGGGAACUGUGGGAAUAACUGUUACUUUUCAGAUAGUUUUGGUGGAGCUUCUCUGUAAAUUGCUUAAUACUAGAAGAUUGAGUGGUGGGCAGUGGGCUGCAUGCAUUGUAAUUGCUGUCCUCAGCUGGCUUGUUGGUCGGCUGGUAAAAUCUCUAAUUCCUGUUUCGGAGACUUAA